AUGCUUACCAAUUUCCUCGAUGACAACGAAAGCGAGCUAAGAGAAGAAUUCAUACACCGAGAGGGGGGGGGGGGGGGGGGGGGGGGGGGGGGGGGGGGGGGGGGGGGGGGUGGGGGGGGGGGGGGGGGGGAGCAACAAGACAAAAUUCAAACACAUAGGUGUAUUUGGUACAUGCUUGCUGAAGUCUCAACAUUUGCUCGUCCGCUCGCGAGCGUUAUUGAGGGGUCGAUUCAUGGCCGGGAUGGAUCAUACCCAAAGUCAUGGAGCUAG